UAUCAGCAUAUGCAAAUAAUUUUCAUCCAACUUACCUUAUAAGCCCCUGUCUGAAAGAGUCAUGUAGAGCCUUCCAAACUAAAAUAUUCCAUAUGGUCUAUCUGUAUCUUGAGAACUAAUGAUGAAGACUUGAAAAUUUUGUGAGGGAGAGAGAGAAAGGAAAGGUCGGUGAGCUUUUUUCUGUAUAUAGUUUCAUGGUCAAGACCUGAUCCCAUUACACUCAUCUAUUUGUAGCUGAAAACCAGAAGAUUUGACUGGUAGAGCUGGUUCCUUUCUGCUAUUGUUGUUUUGCUUGGAGACUGAAAGAUGCCCAUUUUUCAGAAGCUAUUGUCUUCCACCAUUCCUGCAUGCUUUGCUUUGCUUGUUCUUCUGUCAUUUGUUGGUUGCUCAUCCCAUGAAUCCAAAGGUCACAAGAGAAUCAACAACAAUGUUCACAAGCUGAGUCCUCAGAUGACAUUUGAUAUAACACUUCAUGGAGUUCUCCUUUGGGCUUCCACGGGAUUCUUAAUGCCUAUUGGGGUAAUUACAAUCAGAAUGUGCAACAGAGAGGAAUGUGGAAGAAAGGUCAGAGUUAUCUUCUAUGUCCAUACCACCUUGCAGGUACUCUCAGUACUUAUAGCCACAGCUGGAGCAAUCAUGUCCAUAAAGAAUUUUGAGAAUUCAUUCAAUAACUACCACCAGAGAAUAGGUUUAGCGCUCUAUGGUGCCAUUUGGGUGCAAGCUUUGAUUGGAUUUUGCAGGCCUGGAAGAAGAAGUAAAGGGCGAAGUGUGUGGUACUUCGUGCAUUGGAUACUUGGAACAACAGUUUCUGUAGUGGGAAUGAUCAACAUAUACACAGGCUUGGAAGCCUACCAGAAGAAAACAUCGAGAAGCAUCAGGCUAUGGACUGUACUCUUCACAGCAGAGGUGUGUUUGAUGGCCUUCUUCUACCUCUUCCAAGACAAAUGGGAGUACAUGCAAAAGCAAGGAGUGAUUAUGGGGAAUGAAGCAGUCACACCCUCUGAUCAAGUCAUUCCUACUCAAAGGGAGAACUCCCUGAAGGAGAUCUUGACUGAGCCAUGUAGGAAAAAGAAUGCACUCAUGAAUCACUUCAUGAACUAACACUGCUGCCUGGGAUUCUUUCAUUUCAUUAAUUCACCCUUUCUCUACUCUCACCGUUUCCUUAAACCUUUUGGGUAAUGGGUAUACAUAGCCUUAUUUGCAGUUCACUUUUUUAUGCUUACACUCCGUGUUAGUGCAUGAUUGUUGGAUUGCAAGCAUUAAAAAGUGGUGUGGUCUUACUGCAAUUAAUCUCUUUCUUUGUAUGGGUUCUGGGUGUUUACUGAAAAUUUGAGAUUGGAUAUAGUGAUGACAUUAGAAAAAUGGAGGUCUUUAAUUUAUAGGAAAUGAGACAUAUGAAUGAUUUGGUGUA